AGGGUAUCUCGCCUGCAACAUCACCCACUAUCCACUCUCCAUCCUCACUACUCCACCUUUGACUCCGCGUGCACUUGGUCACUUCCGGCUGUCCAUCCAUCCUCACUCAUCAUUCACUCAAACAUGUGAGUGUGUGCGUUGUGCUUGAGACAGUGGCAAGCUAGCCAUUGGUACAUGUGUUGAGUCCGAGGAGAAAAAACAAACAAGUACCGUGUACAUGGUGGCCACUGCAGGAGAGGAGCAUAUAUACCAGCCAGUAGCCACCCUACACCAGGCGCAUCAGUUCCACACACACACAUACACCGCAACAAACGGAGCCAGUAGCUAAGCAAGCUUUGAUGGAGAGCAGGAGCAGCGCGAGAGGAGGAGACCGCGGCCAGCUAGACCACCACCGGCAGGUGCUGCUGCUGAGGCCGGCUGCGGCGUGGAGCUACGCCUCCGCCGCCGGCGUGUCGUGGCCGGCGCAGAGGCCGCCGUCGUCUUCGUACACGUGCGGCUACUGCAAGAGAGAGUUCCGGUCGGCGCAGGCGCUCGGGGGGCACAUGAACGUGCACCGCCGGGAGAGGGCCAGGAUCCGCCACUACUACUGCUCCGCCUACCCCGCGGCUCCAGCUCCAGCCCCUGCUGCUGUCCACAGGGACUGGGUGCCCAACCUCAACUUCUCGCCGCCGCAUUGCCCCGGUGGCGACUAUGGCGGCACAUCCACGGCGACCCCGGCAGUCUACAGCUUCUUCUCCACCGCGGCGGCCGCGGAGGCGGCCAAGGCUACGUUGGUGGUGGACCUGGAGCUGGGGGUCGGAGGAGGGGGAGGAGGUUUGGAUCUUGAGCUUAGGCUUGGCUGCUCUUGAGCCUUGACUCUUCAGGACUGACAUUGUAAUCCAUCGAUCAAUCUAUCUAUCUAUCCAUCUCUGACAUGUCUGCAUGCACGACUACGUACGCGUGCAUGCAUGCUAAUGUGUUGGCUGCCUAGAGAACGAGAAACGCAGUGAUGUAAGAUGUUCUAACUAUGUAGUAUGUCGAUUUGCAGGGGUGUAUUAUUUGUUCAAGCACGUGAACAAUUAAUUGUAACUUGUAUUAGCUUGAUUGGUCGGUUUGCAAUGAAAACUUA